GUGCUCGAAUGGUCCCUGGCGCUUUCCCUUGGAUCCAACCUCUACUUUGCCAAUAUCCCACAGGCUCUGAUCAGCGACUACCUCGCAGAUGUCAUCGACAAGAAUGUUGUGACUCACAUGCACCUCACCCCCGGUGUGCUGGGCACUCUGCCGGCGUCGAGAAGAUUGCAGAGUCUCGAGUGCAUCAGUGUGGGUGGAGAGUUGGUACCGGAUAACCUGAUCGAACGGUGGAGGACGAGAGUGACCCUGCAGAAUGCGUAUGGGCCAACUGAAGCAACGUUCGUCGUGGCUCAUCAACUUCAGCCCAGUUCACCGGGCAAGGUUGCGCACUCCGCUGCAAACAUCGGGAAACCGCAUUCGCCCACGGAGGUGUUCGUGAGCAACCCUUCGUUCGACCGACUGCUGGCUGUCAACGAGAUUGGAGAGGUCUGUCUGGCCGGCCCGCAACUGGCCCGAGGUCACCGCAAUUGGCCCGAUCUUACGAGCCAACGAUUCGCAGUCCAUCCUCAGAAUGGCAAGCGGAUGUACAAAACGGGGGACCGAGGGACACUAAUGGCCGAUGGCACCGUGUUCUUGAUGGGCAGAAUGGAUCGCGAGCUGAAAGUCCGAGGGUACAGGUGCGUUGAUUGGACUGGUGCAUGGUUUUUUGCACUCACGCCGACGUCGAGGAUUGACCUGGACAAUCUGGGACGCACUAUUGUGGCUGUGAUGCCGUCCAUCAUUAGCGUCUCGGUCCAGUCGUCUCCGUCGGGCACCGACCUGUGUGUCUUUGUCUCGCCACAGAAUAUCCAUGGGACCGAGCUGAAGCGGCUCCUUGGGCAUCGGGUGCCGAGUUACAUGGUUCCGAGGAACGUGUACUGUCUGCAGCGGCUGCCCUUGAACACGAGCAACAAGACGGACCACCAGGUGAUCAAGCUGCGCAUGGAGGAGUUGAUCAGGGACGUCAAGCUCCUCUCUGGAGGCACAACACCCAGCAGCAUGAGCUCGGACGAAGACGACCUGAGUUCGGUCGAAGAUUUCAGCCGCACCUCGACCUUGGCAGAUUCGACCUUG